UCUUGAGACCGCUGUCUUGUGGUGAUCGUAUUUAUAGAUUGGUUUCGAUUGUUUUACUACUCUGUCCAUUCCCCAACAACGCGCGAUGCAUUCCGUUGCGCUGGUCAGUGCCGUGGUGUGGCUUUCCCUGGUGCAAACAGGAUUUGCUCUUCGCUGUGACUUUUGCUACGAUGUCGAUGACUGUUCGCUCGGCGAGGACGUCCCGGCGGUGACCUGCGAUGAGGAAACGGUGCAGAUGACGAACAGCAGUCUGGCAAGUUUCAUACGGCCCCUCCGUAGCUCCCUGCCGACGCUACGUAACCAGUACGAGUGUGUCCACGUGCGGGCCACCUCAGUGAGUGGCCACGUGUUUCUGUUUGUCCGCGGCUGUGUCCAUCGUCUGGACGGACCGGCGUCCCAUUUCUGCUCCCUGCCACACGCCGCGUUCCAAGGUUCGCUCGAAUGUGCGGCCUGUUACGACGAGGACCGCUGCAACAACCUGCCCAUCGCCGAAGGAAGCCUAUCCGGUGCCGAGCCCGGGGCCCAAAGGUCGCUAAUGUCGUUAAUGAGUUUCUCGCUGCUCGCACCGUUCGCGGUGCGGCUGUGCAGCUGAUGGAUGAAAAUAAAAAAGGCAAAUCAUAAUCCACU